GCCCCAACACGAGCUGGGGCUGGGGGCAGGCCUGUGGGGCACCCACUAAGCACUGUGGGAAGGUGCUGUUUGGGCCCGUGGGGGAGGAGCUGGCAGGACCCUCUCCAGGCCACAUUCCACGCGUGGCCAAGGCUGAGCAGGGAGCAGCGAGGUUCCCCACCCAGGUUUGAGCAGCUGUCUGCAGCGGGAAGGUGUGUCUGUACAUUCGUGUGUUACAUUUGUUACAGUGGAGUCAGUGUGGAUACAUUAUUAGCCAGGCCCCUGGUUUUCAUGUGGUGCUGGAUCCUACAGGAUGGUCUCCGCGCUCCACCUACUUGUCCCUUUUAACCCGUCGCUGCCCCUCGCUUGGUCCUCCCCACGGGUGGGGGUGGGCAGCAGGUGUGACCUGCACCUCUGCCUGCUCCGCGCCCCCACCCUUGGCUGGAGCAGGGCCUCUGCACUCUGAGGAUCUCCCUGGUGUGGAGGCUACAUUUCAGUUUCCUCAACUAAAAGGGAUGAGAGAAGAAACCCUAGAAGAACCUGGUGCAUGCGCUCCUGGCUGCACCUGGUUGCUCCUGGCCUGUGGAAUCCACACGUCCCCGCUGGGCUGCCCUCUGACGGGGCUGCCGCCCUGUGUCCUGCAGCACUCACGUGUGGACCCCGAGGAGCUCUUCACGAAGCUGGACCGCAUUGGCAAGGGCUCCUUCGGAGAGGUGUUCAAGGGCAUCGACAACCGCACCAAGGAGGUGGUGGCCAUCAAGAUCAUCGACCUGGAGGAGGCCGAGGACGAGAUUGAGGACAUCCAGCAGGAGAUCACUGUGCUCAGCCAGUGCGACAGCCCCUACAUCACCCGAUACUUUGGCUCCUACCUGAAGAGCACGAAGCUGUGGAUUAUCAUGGAGUACCUGGGCGGCGGCUCUGCGCUGGACCUGCUGAAGCCGGGCCCCCUGGAGGAGACCUACAUUGCUACCAUCCUGCGGGAGAUCCUGAAAGGCCUGGACUACCUGCACUCGGAGCGCAAGAUCCACAGAGACAUCAAAGCUGCCAACGUGCUGCUCUCAGAGCAGGGUGAUGUAAAGCUGGCGGACUUCGGGGUGGCAGGGCAGCUCACAGAUACGCAGAUCAAGAGGAACACAUUUGUGGGCACUCCCUUCUGGAUGGCACCUGAAGUCAUCAAGCAGUCGGCCUACGACUUCAAGGCCGACAUCUGGUCGCUGGGGAUCACAGCCAUCGAGCUGGCCAAGGGCGAGCCUCCGAACUCUGACCUCCACCCCAUGCGUGUCCUGUUCCUGAUUCCCAAGAACAGCCCCCCCACGCUGGAGGGCCACCAUAGCAAGCCCUUCAAGGAGUUUGUGGAGGCCUGCCUCAACAAGGACCCCCGAUUCCGGCCCACUGCCAAGGAGCUCCUGAAACACAAGUUCAUCACGCGCUACACCAGGAAGACCUCCUUCCUGACUGAGCUCAUUGAUCGCUACAAGCGCUGGAAGUCCGAGGGCCACGGCGAGGAGUCCAGCUCCGAGGACUCCGACAUUGAUGGAGAUGCUGAGGAUGGAGAACAGGGCCCCAUAUGGACGUUCCCCCCCACCAUCCGGCCAAGCCCGCACAGCAAGCUGCACAAGGGGACGGCUCUGCACGGCCCCCAGAAGGCUGCGGAGCCGGUCAAGAGGCAGCCGCGGUCCCAGUGCCUGUCCACACUUGUCCGGCCUGUCUUCGGAGAGCUCAAAGAGAAGCACAGGCAGAGCGGCGGGGGCGUGGGGGCCCUGGAGGAGCUGGAGAAUGCUUUCAGCCUGGCCGAGGAGUCCUGCCCUGGCAUCUCCGACAAGCUGAUGGCUCACCUGGUGGAGCGGGUGCAGAGGUUUUCACACAACAGAAAUCACCUGCCGUCCACCCGCUAAAGCUGCUGUUUGUGCAGAGGGGAGAGAGGGGCCUUGUUUUGAGCUCUGUACAGAUGCACUGACUUGGAACCCCUUGUGGGACAAGCCCCCCACCUGUGCCGAGGGCUGUCCCGCUUCCACUUCCCUUCCCGCUGGGCUGAGGUCACCUGGCAGCAAAGACUCAUGGAGGACUGUGCAGCCCUGGGGGUGGCCGGCGCAGCCUCCUCCACUCCCCUUGGCACGGCCGUCCCCUCCUUGGGCUUGCGGCCACUGGAACUGAGGCGGGGAGGCUGUCGGGCAGAUCAGCCUUCUCUGCUCGCCCUUCCUUCCCACCCGGGGCCCACGCUGGCCCACAGUGGUUGUAGAUUUGCCUUGUGGUGUUGGAUCAGGUACCGUGUCUUCUUGUAAGUACGCGUCAGCCAGAAUGUUUAAGAAAACCCAACUUCCUUGCUUCCCCUAUACUCUCGAGGUUAAGGUGUUAGUUUUCAUAGGACAUUGAGAAGCUCCUGCCACUUUCAAUAAAGACCUGAAUUGAA